AUGCGUUCAGUUGUUGUGUUGGAACAAUACAAUGCCGUACGUGAACAGCUGCAAGCCCGUAUUGCGGAAAAAAUUCGGAAACAAAUGAGCACACUCGUCGGCAAUAUGGAUAGUGCUGACCUGCUGCUAGUGGCGGCAGAUGGUCGUAAACUUCCGGUACACGAAUGUAUAUUAAGAGCACGAGCUCCAGGAUUUUAUCAAUGUCACAUUGAAGCUACCGUAUCAGCAAUGGGUCGGCAAAAUGGACGCCUUAGAGAGGUGGCCAUUGGCGACAUCGACUCGUCCGGACUAGAGUUCUUCAUACACUCCGUAUAUACGGAGGACGAGAUGGCUCAGUUUCCAUCAUCAGUAGAUGACGAACGCCACGACUCAUGUGCAUCCAAUCGAUCACUCGUAAUGGAUGAAUCCACAGUCGAGAUGGAUUUUCUCCAGAGAGGGACGGUUAAGAGGUCGUUAGGAGAAGAGACUCCGACCACCGGACGGCCGCCCCUCAGUGACACACUAGCGUCCGGAGUUCGUCUAAUUCACACUAUACUUGAUAGGAGCACUAAGUUUGAAUGA